UUUAAAUGCUAAUAACAUCAUUUGUAAAGCGACAGAAUACCGGCGUGACGUCAGAAGAGCGACACCUGUGGCAGACAUCUUUAGUAACGAAGCUCUGACGGCAGCGUAAUGGGGUCGUCUAAGAAACACAAGGAGAAGGAGCGAGAUCGCGAUGCUUCACUCGCAGGGGGUGGAGGGGAAGAUCGUCACAGAGAGCACAAGAAGCACAAGCACAAAGAACGAGAGCGAGAAAGGCGCAAGAGAUCCCGGGAAAGAGAGAGGCCUCGGGACAGAGAGGGAAGGUCAAGGGCUACCAAGGAAGCAGACUCUCGCAGGAUUAAAAGGGAGAAGCUGGACUCUUCUUAUGAGCACGGUAUUGCUCCCAAAUCUGCAGGUGGGGAUUCAUCAUUAAGCAUUGAGGAGACAAACAAACUGCGUGCUAAACUUGGCUUGAAACCCUUGGAAGUGAAUACAGUUAAAACAGAGUGUGGCACUAAAGAAGACCCCGUUGCAGCCGCUAUUAUUAACCCAAUGGUCCUGAGGCAUCAACAAGAGAUAAGAGAGAAAUUAGCAGCUGCAAAAGAGAAAAGGAUGCUGAACCAGAAAUUAGGAAAAAUAAAAUCCCUGGGGGAAGAUGAACUGUGGUUAGAUGAUACAGCCGCUUGGAUUGAGCGAAGUCGGAAGCUUCAAGCAGAAAAAGAUAAAGCUGAGAAGAGGGCAAAACUGCUAGCAGAAAUGGAUGAAGAAUUUGGUGUGUCUAAUCUUGUGGAAGAGGAAUUUGGACAAAAGAAGCAUUACACCUCGGAAGAUUUGCAGGGACUGACCGUAGAGCACAAUACAGAGUCUUUUGGUGAAGGGAAGACUGUAAUUCUAACCCUCAAGGACAAAGGUGUCCUUGAUGAAGAUGAUGCUGAUGUCUUAGUUAAUGUAAAUAUGCUAGACAAAGAAAGAGCAGAUAAAAAUGUAGAGCUUAAGAAGAAACGACCUGAUUACAAACCAUAUGAGGAAGUGGAGAAUGUAGAUGACAUGGUAAUGUUCCGGCACAAAUCUGUACUUUCCAAAUAUGAUGAGGAGAUCGACGGGGAGAAGAAGAAAUCAUUCCGCUUGGAGAGUGGUGGAACUGCAGAUGGGUCUUGGGAAAAGGAGCUGCGGAGUAUACGGCAAACCUUACACAACCAGGCACAAACCCUAGAACUUCCAGGAUUGAAAAUUGCAUCUGAGUACUAUACACCUGAUGAGAUGGUGUCCUUCAAGAAGACAAAGCGGCGAGUGAAAAAGAUUCGCAAGAAGCAGACAAAUGAUGACCUCAUACUCGUAAAACCAGAUACCCGAGAGAAUGACUUUGGUUCCAGAUCUCGGGGGCGUGGACGUAGAUAUAUUGUUGAUUCUGAAGACGAGGAGCAAAGUGUGGCGCUCAAUAAUGUCAUGCCGCAAUCUGAUGACCUUCGUUGGGAGAACAUGGAGAUUAGUGACCAAGAGGAUAUGCCAGACUCUUCAGUUGUUGUGGACGAAGAUGAAUUGGAAAUUGAGUUACAAAAACAGCUUGAAAAAAGUAGACGUCUCAAGCAGAUCCAGCAACAGAAAGACAGCAGUGAGAAGAUUGUUACAAUGGUAAAAAAGCUAAACACUCAGAAGAGUCAAGAUGAAGAUGAAGAUGACGAUAAGAAAGGGUCCAUUGUGUUCAAUGCAACUUCUGAAUUCUGCAGGACACUUGGGGAGAUACCAACAUAUGGGCUAGCAGGGAACAGGGAAGAUCAAGAGGAUUUAAUGGACUUUGAAAAAGAGGAGGAGGAGUCUGAGAAUGAAGAUAGAGACUCUGACGGAGAUGAAAACCUUGGCUGGAGUAUGGUGAACCUGGAUGAAGAGAAGACACAUCAGGAUUAUUCUGCCUCUUCAACAACCAUUUUGGAUGAAGAGCCAAUUGUGAACAGAGGCCUGGCUGCUGCAUUACAGCUGUGCCAGAACAAAGGCUUAUUAGAGACAACUUUACAAAAGAUAGCACGUGUUAAAGCUACCAAUAGGUCCCUUCCUUCAGCUGUAUACUGCAUAGAAGACAAAAUGGCAAUAGAUGACAAGUAUAGCAGAAGAGAAGAGUACAGAGGAUUUACACAGGACUUCAAGGAAAAAGAAGGCUACAGACCAGAUGUCAAGAUUGAGUACGUCGAUGAAACUGGACGGAAGCUUUGUCCAAAGGAGGCUUUUAGACAACUGUCUCACCGGUUCCAUGGCAAGGGCUCUGGUAAAAUGAAAACAGAAAAGCGUAUGAAGAAACUGGACGAGGAAGCUCUGCUGAAAAAGAUGAGUUCUAGUGACACCCCUCUUGGUACCGUUGCACUGCUUCAGGAGAAGCAGAAGGCCCAGAAGACACCUUACAUUGUUCUCAGUGGGAGUGGGAAGAGCAUGACAGCGAACACACUUAUCAAAUAAGUGGAAAGAAAAUCUAUAUCCAAAUUCCACUGAAGAAUAAAGACUUUGCAGGACCAGAUGAAUAUAUUUAUCUUUUGUGCACAACAAUUCCAUUAAUUUUUAUGUGCAAAAAGCCAAUCGCUGGAAUCUCAUUGGAUGGGUUGUGUGAAGUCAUUAAUGCCUACAUCUUACUGAGAUUGUUCGGGAAGAUGCUUGGCUCUGCAAUGUUGCCUGACUGCAUUCGUCACCGCAGAGAAAACGGAUCGGAAUUGUUUUUUUAAAUUAGGAUUUCUAUAAGAAUGGAGUGUGCUGGAAUCCAGACAUACUCCAAUUUCCUUAUUGAAUUUAAUUUGCAGGCUAUCGCUAAAACCUGUAAUAAAAAUGUUCUAAAAGACAGAUCUUUUAAAAAUUGUUUUAAAUUACUUAAUAAUCCAUAAAGCUGCAUUUUGCAAAAUACAUGAACAGUGAUGCCUUGUGCAGUUGAUACCACGAAGAUUCUAACUCUGAGAUGGACACAUUACUCACACCAAAUUAUGCUAAUGUUUUAUUUCCCACCGUAUACAAAUACAGUAUACGCACACAUACAAUUGAUAUGAAUAUGUAUAGUCUUCCUGUGUGUGAGUACUGAUGUCACUUGUCAUAUGACUCGCGUGAAAGUGUUGGUGAAUCAUUUAACUCAUGGUUAAAUACAACUCUGUAUGACCACUUGAACAAUGUUCAUAUUAAAACUUGUGCAAAAUUUGA